CUGGGUAGGUUGGUUAUUGUACCCAGGUUAGCGUUAAGCGCACGGCGCGCGGCCGGCGCAACGGCUGGCGCAGCACCCACGCGGGGCUACCUCGGACGGCCACUGGCCAACUUACCUUGCACUGGUAGGCACUUAUUCGGCCUGCGUCGCGAGCUAACAAAUGUGCCCCCAAAUCUGCUCUCCCUGGAGCCUAGGCUCGACUCCCUCCAAGCCGACGUUUAUCGCGUCCGUAUAUCUCCGGGCUUUGCGUGCCCCUCGUGCCUGGUCCAGAGCCGGUGCCUGCGCAGCGUGACGGUCGGCGGCCGACGGCUUCGCUUUGUUUUGCUGGUCGUGGUCGGUCCCGAAGUGCUGCGGGUCAUAACCCAUUCGGAUCGCGGUCUCGGCUGGAAUUUAGUGUCGCUCCGGACUCGAGGCAUCACUCGCUAACUUACAAUGCACUGGUAGGCACUUAUUUGAUCUCCUUUGCAUUCGGCACCCAUUUUACCGCGUUCGGUGCAUGGGUUCGAACAGUUGAAUGUCUCACGGGUAAUCCUGGCCGCGGGCAAUCUCACCAGCCCAUGGGCGUGGGUCACGAGGUCAGUGACGACGCUCUUGCACCCUCGAUACGCCUGAAAUGAGCAGAUUCUCGUGCGAAAAGUGGCCCGCAACGCACCGCCGUGGGGCGCUCGCGGUCGGCCAAAACCUCCCCGAGCGCUCAAACCAAGGGCUUUGGGGCGCGGGCGGGGGUGCGUAUAGACGCCUGUGUAAUGUACAACCCUGA